AUGAAAUCCAUUUUAGCACCAAUUUUUGCAGCGAUUCCACUGCUAACGAAUAUUAAUGCACAGGCCUUCGACAGACUACAGUUUGAUAAUGUAGGUUUUGAAGGUAGCUAUUACCCAGUGAAGAAGAUAGAGAACGAAGAUGAUAAGACAACUUGUUUCUGUGAACAAGAAGAGGAAUAUUUCUUCAAAGGCCCCAAUUCUCCAUUAUCUGAAUACUUGUCUGUUCAUUUUAGAGGGCCAAUAUCUAUCAAACAAUUUGGUUUUUACACUUCAGAAAGAUUUGUAAUUGGUGACACUUCUGAUAAUAAUUCUUCAGAUUGGACUAGAGAUUCUUAUUACAACGAUGCUCAGCAAACUGCUGAUAAUGUCACAUUUUUAAACUUACAAGGCGAUAUAUCUCCAUGCUUAGGUCCUGCUUUGACUUUAGCAAACUCAGAUGGUAUUAAAACAGCCUUUGAUCCAACUGUCCUAGAAAAUAACAAUUAUUUGUCAUCUGGUAAUGAAAUUAUCAUUUACAGUGGUGCAAAAUGUUCAAAAUCACAAAGAAAGAAGGGAUGUGGUAUUUAUAGAAAGGGUAUCCCAGCUUAUUACGGUUUUAAUGGUAAUACAAAAAUGUUCUUAUUUGAAUUUAGUAUGCCAACCGAUGCUCAAGGCAGCAAUGACACUAUUAGAAAUUUCAACAUGCCAGGUAUUUGGUUAUUAAAUGAUCAUAUUGCAAGAACGGCCGAAUAUCCAACUGAUAACAGAUGUUCCUGUUUCGCUUCUGGAUGUGGUGGUUAUGAUAUAUUUAAGGUUACUGAUCCUGACAACACUGAUCGUUUGUACUCUAACGUGCGUACCUUACAAAAUAAUGGAAACGCUACUAUUGGUAUGCAAAGUUCAGGGUAUAUUCAAAGAGCCACAAAUGGUACUAUGAAAGGUGGUGUUGUUUUCGAUUCUGAAGGUAAUAUUGUUUCUUUUAUUUCAAGCCAAGCAAACUUUGAUGAUAUUGUUAAAAGUAGUGAUGUAAAUAGUUGGUUGAGUGCAAUUGUAUCCAAUGAAAGUACAACUACCACAUUAAUGUCUGUUUCUUCUACUUCUAGAAAGUGGUCUUGGAAAAAUGAAGGUAAGGUAUUAAUCCCAAGCGGUAAUAGUAUAAUUUCUUACUUUUUUGCUUUUGCAGUUGCUACAUUCCAACUAAUUUUAUAA